CCUCUAAGCCAGGGCGGAUCCAACGGGAAGGCUGGGGGCUCUAGCCCCACUACAUGCCAAAUCCCUUAUGGAAAAUAGAGGAGAGAGGAGGGGGAGGAAGAAGAAGUGGGUGGCUAAAGGAAGAAGAAGGUGGAGACCCCCAAGGACAUCAGGAGAUCGCCGGUGACCAAAAUCUAGCCAGCGACCUCAUCUCUUCUACACCUAAAUCACGGAGUGACAUGUGGCUUUGCAGCCUCUACUUCCGCUUCGGUUCUAGCAAAGGAUAUUACAAGGAUUGUGCUAAUGGCUUCUCAAGGAAUCAAAGCAGUUUGAUUUUCAAGCACUUGCAUUGGAUUUGGUUACUGGGUAAGAUUAGCUCCGUCGCAGCCCAGGAAGUUUUCCAAUGGCAUAUAAGGAACCGAAGGGCUUUCCAAUGCAUCAUGAGGAGGCCUCUUUCUCCUCAUCAUCAUUCCUUCACCUCACCAAGCACCUUUGAGAGAAGAAGCAGAAGUGGGGAAAGAGGUCAUGGUGAAUACGGUGGGAAGUGGGGAAAGAGGUCAUGGUGAAUACGGUGGAGGCACAGACAAUGGUUGAGCAUGAUAUGAGGUCGAAGCUUAAGCUAAUGGCGUUGAUCUCAAGCUUAGCGGUAUGUCCUCUUUCUCUAUUUCCUUUUUGCCCUGCCUUUUCUUUUCUUAUUUGACUGCUAUUGCUGCUCUGGAAGAACAGGAGGCAGCAAUGUGUGGCGACAGUGUGGAUUUGAAUUUUUGUU